AUGGCGAACGCUCCCGGCUUGCGGGAUCUGUGGCUUUCCCGGCGCCGGAAUCCGGACUGGCAAGCCUGGAUGGACCACGGCGUGUGGAGCGACGCCGACUGUUCGGAGCUGCUCCGGGCGCGACGCGUCCCGACGAGACUUCCCCUCCCCUACUUCACCGCGCCCGAGCAGCUCACCGCGCCCGCGGCGGAGAAGCUCGGCGAGGCCGUCGCCGCCUUCGAGCGGCGCAUGGCGGAGACGCAGGUCGCGCCGUACAUAGCGGACAUGCUCACCGAGAGUAAGAAGACCGAGUACCUCCUCAACACCAAGGAGGGCGAGUUCAGGCUGUACUUGCCGGAGACCCGAGAAGGGGCGGUGAGCGAAAAGACGGGUAAGCCUUACAAGCUCAAGUUCGUUCCCGUCUUCCAGCUCAUCGAACCCGACGCCGGUCACUUCAAGACCCUUCUCGACUUCCACCUGCCCGAGAAGGCGUUCAAGGCGUUCCGCGCGCACGUCUCCCGGUACCCCGGCUGCGACGCAGAGAAAGUCCCCCUCACGGAGGAGGAAAAGCGGGCUAGAGGCGAACGCCGAAAGUACGCGACGGAGACGCGCGUCGCGAUCAGCGCCGAGGGCGUGUACGCGUUCCGCGAAGGCGGCGAGUGGCCGAUUAGCGACGCCAUGCAGCACGCCGUUCGCUUCUUCGACGCGCGAGUCGCGACCGUCGGUAAGCCCAUCGAGACCCGCGGGUAUCCCUGGAGGAAAUAUACCUGUGAAGUGGAUUUCAAGCUCGCGCCCUGGCGCGUCGCGUCCGUGGAGCGCCCGAACUGGAGGUUCAAGGAAGCCGACCCGAACACGGGGGACCCGGAUGACGCGCGGAAGGGGUUUAGGGUUUAG